AAUGUUUGUGGUAUCGAUACUUUAUAGCAGGAUUUUAAUUUCCUGAUUGCUUAGAUACAAGCUGUUGGUACUGGCACACACAAAUAACUACAAAGUAGAACACACAUUCAGCUCUACCUGUCAUACACUAUGGCACUGCACCAUCGUCUCUCUCUGCGGCAGAAGAUAUUACUGGGAAUCCUGUGCUUUCCACUGCUGCCCAUCUAUCUGUGUGUGUAUUGCCUAUGCUACAAAAAUGUAGAAAGAAAAAGGACAGUAGAUCCAAUUGCAGUCAAGCCAAACUCUAGCAAACUUUCCAAUACCACAGUUUAUGUAAUAGAUGAGAACUCUGAGAACUCUGAACAUCAGCAAGCAAAGCAAAGCAAGAAGAACCCAGGAUCUAAAGUUGUAAUAUUCAAAUAUCCUUGGGACCGAUCAAGCUUAAAAUCUAUGGAAAUAGAUUUGAAGAAAUUUGAAAAUCUGGAUUCCUAUGCCUCAAAGCUGGAACCCAGAGGAUCCCUUGAACAACAUACCCAACAACUUCUAUAUAAUGCUUCCACAGACCUGGAGAAAACGCGAGCCAUUUGGAUGUGGAUAUGUCAUCACAUAGAGUAUGACACAAAAGCGUAUAAGGAUGCAUCACUAAGAUUUUGUGAGCCUGAUGAUGUCUUUCGUACCAGAAAAGGGGUCUGUGCUGGAUACUCCCGUCUGUUCAAGCAAAUGUGCAGCAUUGCAGGUGUGAAAUGUGAAGAAGGCAGUGGCUAUGGUAAAGGCGCAAGUUACAAAUUAGGACAGAAAAUUCCUAAAGAAUCCAACCACGCCUGGAACAUGGUGUAUCUGGAAGGAGGCUGGCAUCUGCUGGACAGUACAUGGGGAGCCGGUUAUUCAGAUGUCAGUGCAGACACUUUUACAUACCGUUACGAUGAAUAUUAUUUCCUGACCCACCCUGCCCUCUUCAUUGAAGAUCACUAUCCAGAAAAGGAGGAAUUUCAGCUACUGAAGCCCACAGUGUCUAAAAGCCAUUGUGAAGAGCAUGUUCGGGUCCCAAGCAGUUUUUAUAACAUUGGACUUGUUUCCUAUCACCCAGAGACAGCGAUUAUUGAAACAGUGAAAGGAAAAGUCUCCAUCGCCAUUGAAGCUCGUCAUGAUAGGCUUUUCUUAUUUUCACUGAAUGGAAACGAGAGAUGUGGAGUUAUGAAGUUGCUAAACUGCGGCAUGAAGCUUGAUGUUUAUCCCAAAGAAACUGGACAACAUAAACUUCAGCUAUUCGCUAAGAAACAAGAGAGUGACGAUCUAUACGACUUUGUUCUGGAAUACAGAAUAGAUUGCAAGUCAAUUGACACAAGCGUGAAGAUCCCUGAAUGUCUUAAUAACCCUGUUGGUCCAAGUUGGGUGACUGAGGCGGCAGGACUAGUUGAGCCCUCCCACCCUGACCCCAUCAUUUAUACUGAAGAUGGCUGUUGUAGUAUUUGCUUUGCACUGAAGAAAGACUUAUGUUUUCUUUGUUCCUUACACUCUGAUAAAGUAAACAUGACACCAGAGAAAGGUGAAAGAUAUAUAUUUAGAACACAGACAGAGGACAAAGUGGAAAUGAAAGUUCGUGUUCCACAAUCAGGAACCUAUGUGAUGGACAUUUUUGUCAAGCCUGCAAACAGUGAUAAUACUUCAUAUGACUAUCUGUGCAAUUAUCUUAUUAUCUGUACCAACCCCAAGGUGAAGUGGCCAAUGUUUCCUCUAACAUACACUAACUGGGCUAAGCACUAUGAGCUGGUGCAACCUCUGAAUGGUGUUCUACCGAAUAACAUCGACGUUAGCUUUAAACUCCACAUUCCCGAUGUAGCUAAAGUGUGUAUUGAAGGGAAAAAAAACACCCCCCUGACCCUUUCUGGUGACGGCUACUGGGAAGGAAAAUGCAGUACAGCCAACAGACGAACACUCUUUAUAAUGAUUGAGUACAAGAAUCAGCCAAAUUUAUAUCGUUAUAUCCUAAAAUAUGAUGUUGCAGCAAACAAGUUAAACACCAAAAAAUAAUAAUGUUACUUUACAUAUUCCAUAGAAACCAAUAAUGUAUUUUUAUUUCAGCAGUGUGGCAAAUAUUUUAUUAAAGAUUUCUUAA